AUGGACAUCGGCGCGGAUAGGGAGAAGCCGGCGGCGGGGUGGGAGUGGAGGACGCCGGCGUCGAUGGUGCUGGUGCAGCUGUUCAUCACGGGGAUGAUCCUGCUCUCCAAGCUGUCCAUCAGCGGCGGCAUCUUCAUCUUCGCGCUCCUGGCCUACCGCAGGCUCUUCGGCGCCGCCGUCAUCCUCCCCUUGGCGCUCAUCUACGAAAGGGGCAAGUGGAAGGAGAUGGGCUGGCACGCCACGGGAUGGAUCUUCCUCAACGCCUUUAUUGGGUACGCAGUGCCGAUGAGCUUCUACUGCUAUGGCCUCAGUGACACAACACCAUCUUACGCCGUCAUCUUUAUGAACCUAAUUCCGCUGGCCACCUUCAUCCUGUCGCUCGUCUUCAGAAUGGAGACAUUGCGAAUCUGGAGUGUGGUCGGAUCACUGAAGAUUGCAGCCAUUCUGUUCUCUGUUGGAGGCACAAUGCUCAUCAGCCUUUACAAGGGCAAGGUGUUGCAUCUCUGGGAUCCCAUCCUGAAGAUCCACCCCAAGGAACAAACAGCUGAGGGUGCAGGCAAUCAACUAAGAGGGACAAUAUUCUUGGUAGGCAGCAGCUUCGCACAUGCUUGCUGGUACCUGAUCCAGUCAAAGGUUCUCAAGGUAUAUCCAUACAAGUAUUGCUCAUCCAUGGUGACAUGCUUGGUUGGAGGAUUCGAAACAGCACUAGUUGGAAUAAUAUUGAAUACAGACAAGAACGCAUGGAAGCUAGGAUGGAAUCUCGACCUUGUGACUAUCUUGUACUCGGGGGCACUUGCAACAGCAGGGAAAUAUUGCCUGAACUCAUGGGCUGUUGCCAAGCGAGGCCCAACAUAUCCUCCGAUGUUCAACCCAUUGUCUGUGGUAUUCACAAUUUUGCUGGACUCCAUCAUCAUAGGCAAUGAAAUUACAGUUGGAAGCCUGCUCGGUACAACAAUGGUGCUUGUCGGGCUUUACACUUUCCUAUGGGCAAAAUCAAAAGAAGUACGUGACAAAUAG